AUGGAAUCUGUAUCGAAUAUGAAUUAUUUUCAUGAUAUAACAAAUAGAAAUCAUAAAGUUUAUUUAUCACCUAACAAUACUACUACUAAUACUACUAAUAAUAAUCUCAAUACUAUUCCCACAGUUUCAUUAACAUCGAAUUCCACAAAAGAUCAACAUGAUUACAAAUCAACUUAUUACAACACUAAUAAUACACAAUCGAAUUCAUUACAAUGUCAAAAACAUACUGAACAAAUUUAUUAUCGAUGUAAAUUACUCACCCUAUGUAAUUGUUUGAUAACAAUUUUAUUGAUUAGUUUAGGCAUUGGUUUAUAUUAUCGUUAUCAUCAAUGUCAUAUUCGAUUAGGUGUGAUUGAACAACAAUUGAUGGAAAAUGUUGUGGAUAAUGAUGCAAGUGAUCAUGAUCAAGCGACAUUAUCAUUGAUAUCAAGUACUUCGAAUGAUGAAAUGAGUAGUAGCAGUAGUAGUAGCAGUAGUAGUAGUAGUAAUAAUAACAAUAAUCCUAAUCAGUAUUCAACAACAAAACCUUCAUUAAUAAAAGGAAUAAAAAAUAAUAAUAAAUUAUGGCCUUCAUUGAAUGUUGAUAUGUUUCGAAAAGUUUGUCGUGGUCUAUCAAUCGAUUGUAAUGAAAUGAAAUUUUACGAGGGUAAACCUGGACCUCCAGGACCACCUGGACCACCGGGUCAACCAGGUGCACCGGGUGCAAGAGGACCUCAAGGUGAAACAGGACCUCAAGGACCACCUGGUCUACGUGGAUUAAUUGGUCUUCAAGGUCCAAAAGGUCCACCGGGUCCUGCUGGACCACCUGGUAAAGAUUCUUCAUCACAUACAUGUAAUGUACUGUGUCAAAAAGAAAGUUUUCACUAUGGUCGAGAAGAACCAACUUGUGAAGUGAAAUGUACAGAUUACAUUGAACGUAAAAAAGAAUUAACCUGACAAAUUCUUCUUUCUUAGGCACCAUAAUCUAAUUCUAUGCAUUAUUCAAUGUAUUAACCGGUCAAACAUGGUAAUCGUACUUAUAUAAUAAAACGGACAACGUACACACGCUUCAACAGUUCAACAUUCAUAAAUUUCGCUUUUCAUGUUGAUAAUGUCAACAUUUAAAAAAAAUAUUUUUCUUUUCUGUGAACAAUCAUAAUUCGAAAUUGUGCAUUUUUAUUGUUUUUUUUUAAAAAAUUUUCCCAG